CCCUCUUUUCAACCUCCAUCACUCAUCUCUCGUUUCGAGAUAUACACUUUGCAGAUCCCUAUAAUUCUCAUAAUAAAGGUAACAUUUCAUCAGAUUUCAGAUCUAAUUCGUUCCGUAAGCCGAUACUCUGACAGUUAUUCGAUCAAUUAGUGACGUUGAAUCGAUUAAAGGAAGGAGGAGAAUAUGAGCAAUUCGUUAGGACACAGUUUGCUUCAAUCGUCAGUUAUAAAGCAUCAAAGUCAGAGAAAUUAUUCUGGUAGCAUUGCAGGAAAUACUUUGUUUCAAGCUCAAGCAACUUCGGAGAUAAGGAAGUCAUCCUCGUUUGCCUUGACCUCUAUAUUAGCCAGUGAUUUCCGUGGUCGUAGAUUAACUGUGAGGAGAUCACAAUCGCAGAGAAAUCGGUUGGUUUCUGGUCUUGUUCGAGCAGUUUUAGCUACCGAUCCGACUUCUGAGCAGCUAGGAGAAAAGUUCAUCCUGGGAGGAGAGAUCGAGAUGCAGGUGGAGGUUAAUGUCUCUUCUGUUCCAGUGGUAGAGAUUCAGCUCGCUAACUGUGCGGGCAAUCUAUAUCUACAUUGGGGUGGGCUAAAAGAUAUAAAGGGGAAAUGGGUACUUCCCGGUCGUCGUCCUAAAGGGACAAAAGUAUACAAGGACAGGGCACUUAGAACUCCAUUUGUAAAAUCCGGUUCGAAUCUAUUCCUGAAAGUAGAAAUAGAUGAUCCUUCAAUUCAAGCUCUUGAGUUCCUAAUAGUAGAUGAAGGAAAGAAUCAAUGGUACAAAAAUAAUGGUCAAAACUUCCAUGUUAAGGUGCGUUCAACGGAAAAAGCAGUUUCAAAUGUUGUAGUUCCUGAAGAUCUGGUACAAAUUCAAGCUUUUUUGAGAUGGGAAAAGAAGGGGAAACAAAUGUAUAGCCCGGAACAGGAAAAGAUGGAAUAUGAAGCAGCUCGUGCUGAGCUAUAUGAUGAAAUUGCUAAGGGCAUUUCAUUAGAGGACAUACGUACAAAAUUAACCAAAAAAGAUGGUACAAGUUCUAAACAGGAUACAAAUGCUUCGGAAGGACAAAAACAAACUAAGGUUCAAAAGUCGGCGGUGAAGAAAAGAAGUUACUCCACUCAAAGGAUUCAGAGGAAGAAAAGGGACCUCAUGCAACUUCUCAACAAACAUAUUCCAGUUUCUAUAAAGUCUGCAGAGGAAAAAACCUCCAUCAAACCAAAAACUUUGUCUGCAGUAGAACUUUACUCUAAAUCCAUCGAAGAACAAAUCAAUAUAGAUAUUCUAAACAAAAAGACAUUCAAACUUGCUGACGAGGAGCUUUUGGUGCUUGUAACAAAGGCUUCUGAUAAGAUAAGGGUUCAUUUGGCUACUGGCAUAAAGGAUUCACUCACCCUUCAUUGGGCAUUGUCAAAGAAAGCUGGAGAGUGGCUGGUCCCACCUGAACAUCUACUACCACAAGGGUCUACUCCUUUAGCUACAUGUGCUGACACACAGUUUUCUACUAUCUCUAUUGAUGGUGCUACUAACAAGAUACAGUUGUUAGAAAUAGAAAUUGGAGAGGGUUUUGUUGGGAUGCCGUUUGUUCUUUUUUCUGGUAGUAAAUGGAUCAAGAAUAAUGGCUCUGACUUUUAUGUUGAAUUCAUUGGACCCAAGAAGGCAAUAAAGGAUGCUGGUGAUGGGAAAGGUACCGCUAAAGCCUUGUUAGAUAAAAUAGCAGGUCUGGAAAGUGAAGCACAAAAGUCUUUUAUGCAUAGAUUUAACAUCGCAGCAGAUUUAAUGGAAGAAGCCAAGGACAGUGGUGAGUUGGGUCUGGCGGCAAUUCUUGUAUGGAUGCGUUUUAUGGCCACAAGACAACUUAUAUGGAAUAAAAAUUACAAUGUAAAGCCACGUGAGAUAAGCAGAGCUCAGGAUAGGCUCACAGACUUGCUUCAGAACGUAUACGUGAAUUAUCCACAGUAUAGCGAACUUCUGAGAAUGAUCAUGUCAACUGUGGGCCGUGGAGGUGAAGGGGAUGUUGGCCAGCGCAUCCGUGAUGAAAUCCUAGUCAUCCAGAGAAAUAACAAUUGUGCAGGAGGAAUGAUGGAAGAAUGGCAUCAGAAACUGCAUAAUAACACAAGCCCUGAUGACGUUGUUAUCUGUCAGGCACUAAUUGAUUAUAUUAAAAGUGAUUUUGACAUUAGUGUUUACUGGAACACACUGAAUACAAAUGGAAUAACAAAAGAACGACUUCUAAGUUAUGAUCGGGCCAUUCGCAAUGAGCCAAAAUUCUCGAGUGACCAAAAGGAAGGCCUUUUGCGUGAUCUAGGAAACUACAUGAGAACAUUGAAGGCAGUUCAUUCAGGAGCAGAUCUGGAAUCUGCAAUAUCAAACUGCAUGGGCUAUACAUCGGAGGGACAAGGAUUCAUGGUUGGGGUGAAUAUAAAUCCUGUUUCUGGUCUGCCAUCGGGAUUUCCGGAACUGCUUCAAUUUGUUUUAGAGCAUGUUGAAGAUAAGAAUGCAGAAACCCUUCUUGAGGGACUACUAGAGGCACGUGAGGAACUUAGGCCAUCACUUUCCAAAUCAAAUGAUCGGCUCAAAGAUCUUCUCUUUUUGGACAUUGCACUGGAUUCUACUGUAAGGACAGCCAUUGAAAGGAGCUAUGAGGAGUUAAAUAAUGCUAAGCCAGAGAAAGUUAUGUAUCUAAUCACUCUUGUUCUCGAGAACCUCAUACUCUCAUCAGAUAACAAUGAGGACCUGAUCUAUUGCUUAAAGGGAUGGAAUCAAGCACUUGGCAUGUUGGAAACCGGUGAUGGUAGUUGGGCAUUAUUUGCAAAAUCAGUCCUUGAUAGAACCCGACUUGCACUCGCAAGCAAAGGAGAGUCGUAUCAUCAACUUUUGCAACCUUCUGCCGAGUACCUUGGCGCCCGCCUUAAUUUGGACCAAUGGGCGGUGAGCAUAUUUACUGAAGAAAUGAUUCGUGCGGGAUCAGCUGCUUCUUUAUCAUCAUUGGUUAACCGACUUGACCCUAUUCUCCGCAAUGUAGCUAAUUUGGGAAGCUGGCAGGUUAUCAGCCCGGUUGAAGCUGUUGGAUAUGUUGUGGUUGUUGAUGAAUUACUUUCUGUUCAAAACAAAACUUAUGAAUCACCAACUAUUUUAGUGGCAAAGUCUGUGAGGGGAGAGGAAGAAAUUCCUGAUGGUACAGUUGCUGUAGUAACACCCGACAUGCCAGAUGUUUUAUCUCAUGUUUCUGUUCGAGCAAGAAACAGCAAGGUUUGCUUUGCAACAUGUUUUGAUCCCAAUAUUUUGGAUGAUCUUCGAUCAAAAGAAGGGAAAUUGUUGAAACUAAAACCUACAUCAGCUGACAUAAAGUAUAGUGAGGUGCAAGAGGGAGAUCUAAAACGAUCAAAGAACACGGAAGAUGUUGGUCAAUCACCAAGUAUAAAAUUGGUCAAAAAACAGUUUGCUGGUAAAUUUGCUAUAUCGUCUGAGGAGUUCACGAGUGAAAUGGUUGGAGCUAAAUCACGUAAUAUUGCAUACCUUAAAGGAAAAGUCCCCUCAUGGGUUGGCAUUCCUACUUCAAUCGCAUUACCUUUUGGAACUUUUGAGAAAGUUCUUUCCGAUGAACUUAAUCAGGGUGUGUCUGGAAAGUUACAAAUAUUGAAGGAAAAGUUAGCAGCGGGAGACUUUGAUGUCCUUGAGGAGAUCCGCAAGACGGUGUUGGGGCUUGUUGCACCACCCCAGCUGGUACAAGAGCUGAAAAACAAAAUGCAAAGCUCUGAUAUGCCAUGGCCUGGGGAUGAAGGUCAGCAGAGAUGGGAACAAGCAUGGAUUGCUAUAAAGAAGGUUUGGGCUUCAAAAUGGAACGAGAGAGCGUACUUUAGUACAAGAAAAGUGAAGCUAGAUCAUGACCUCUUAUGCAUGGCUGUCCUGGUUCAGGAAAUAAUAAAUGCUGACUAUGCAUUUGUUAUUCAUACCACAAAUCCAUCUUCAGGAGAUCCAUCAGAGAUAUAUGCCGAGGUUGUAAAGGGACUUGGGGAGACUUUGGUCGGAGCUUAUCCAGGUCGGGCUUUAAGUUUCAUUGCCAAGAAAGACAAGCUCGACUCUCCUAAGGUUUUGGGUUACCCAAGCAAACCCAUUGGCCUUUUCAUAAGAAGAUCCAUUAUUUUCCGAUCUGAUUCCAAUGGUGAAGACCUUGAAGGCUAUGCUGGUGCAGGACUUUAUGAUAGUGUACCUAUGGAUGAAGAAGAGAAGGUAGUACUUGAUUAUUCAUCUGACCCGUUAAUGACCGAUGGAAGCUUCCAGAAAUCGAUUCUCUCAAGCAUCGCAAGUGCGGGAGAUGCCAUCGAGAAGUUAUAUGGAUCUCCACAAGACAUUGAAGGUGUGGUACGAGAUGGGAAGAUCUAUGUUGUCCAAACAAGACCACAAAUGUGAUCUUAUUCGGUGUGUCAACUCGACUUUGAUUAGUUAUAGUUAGUCCGUACAAAACCCAUAUAUAGAAGUAUAAAUAAAUAAUUAUAAGAAUAAAUUGGUUACGGUCAAAUUGAUGUUAUGAUUUAUGAACAUAGUUUAUUUAUCUUAUCAAUUCAAUGUAAUCAUCUUUGUUAAUUAACUCUUAUGUCAUAUUUCUAAUGUUUUACCACAUCUACUCUACUAGUGGUGGUACUUUGGUGGAUUGUGUAACAAGCUAAUGGAUAA